AUGGGAAUGAAUUCUCUUUUGAGCCGAACACUGUCAGAUGAUACCGAAAUAUUGAAUGAAGUGAACAAUGUUCCCGAAUCAAAGUCUGCAAUUAUCCGAAAUUCUGAUGGUGCCUUAGGCGGCUUUGUAUCAAUGAUCAGUUAUGGGACAAAUCAAGCCUACUGUAUGGCAGUUCAAAUCGAUCAAUCCAUCGGUGAUAAAUACAUCAGCAUCAAACCAACUGAUGACCCGCAGUGUUUUCAAAUCAUCGAUGUCCAGGAUGUAGCUGAGGAUCUGAGUCUGCAACCGAUAUUUAUACAGGUGCAUCAUAAUCCCAAAGGACGCUUACCCUUACAGCAUCUGAUUGAUCAUGCUGCUGAAAGGAUGUUGGGACGACUCAAUCUCGAUUUGAAAAAAAACGUUACCGUUGAUCUGACUGAUAACGAUGAUAUGAGCAUUUGGAGGGAUAAAGCUGGCUUCGUUGUUAGAGACAAAAUGCAACUAUGUGAGCUCACUGUCAAUAAAAAUGAAUUUCAGAAGACUCUUGAAAUGGUGAAAAACGUAAAAAUUUCUGCAUUCGAUGGCUCACAAAUGGAAAACCUCGUGAAAUUUGAUAAGGCAGUGGGCAGUGUAGAUCGCAGUAAAUUUCUGGAAUACAUCUUCAAAAAUGCAAACGUAUUGAUUGCUGAAAACGAAGAGACAUCAGCAGUGGAUGGUUACGGUGUCUUCCGAGAGGAUCGUAUUAUUGCGGUUUACGCUAAUGCCAAGGAUACUGCUCAUUCCAUCGUGCAAGAAAUACUCCGGACAAUGAAUCAUAACGAGAUAAAGUUAUGUACGAUACGGAACCGCUGGAGCAUUGAACACAAGCCAAAUACUUGCUGCAAACAGAUCAUUCGUCUUCACACGCGUGUACCACUGACAGGCAUCAUGUGGAACCGAAUAUUUAUUUUAAACGCGGGCAUGAACUUGAUCUGA